AUGGAUUUCAACAGCUCGUCACCUUACCCCGAAGGUGUUAUCUCGUUCCUCGACACAGAUCUUUACAAACUGACCAUGCAAUGUGCUGUCCUCAAGUACUACAAGGAUGUCCCGGUUACUUAUUCCUUCACAAACAGGACACCUGAGAAAAAGCUCUCCCGCAAAGCUUUCCGCUGGUUAGAAGAGCAGAUUCUCAAACUUGGAAAUAUUUCUUUGUCCAAUGAGGAGCUCGACUAUCUGAAACGUCAUUGUCCUUAUCUUUCAUCAGAGUAUUUGGAGUACCUCUCUGAGUUCCGCCUGCGACCGAGAGACCAAGUAGUUGUCAAAUUCCUGCCGGUGUCAGAAGACACAGGGGCCGACACCGACAUUGGAGACAUGGACAUUCACAUCAACGGGACCUGGGCAGAGACCAUCCUUUAUGAGAUCCCGUUGCUCGCUUUGACCUCGGAGGCGUAUUUCAAGUUCAUGGAGCCGGACUGGACUUAUGAGGGGCAGGAAGAGCGUGCCUAUGAGAAGGGCAUGCGGCUUCUUGAAGCCGGGUGCGUCUUCUCCGAGUUUGGCACCCGUCGCAGGCGCGAUUACCAUACGCAAGCACUGGUCUUCAGGGGUCUCAUCAGGGCAGCUCGUGAAGCCGAGAAGCGGGGCUAUACUGGCAAGCUUUCGGGAACCAGCAAUGUCCAUCUGGCUAUGCGCUUCAAUAUUCCGCCGGUUGGUACGGUUGCGCACGAAUGGUUUAUGGGCACUGCGGCUGUCGUCGGUGACUACCGUGCUGCUACUGAAGAAGCACUCUGCCGUUGGGUCAGUUGUUUUGGCGAAGGCGUGCUGGGUAUUGCCCUGACGGACACAUUUGGCACCCCUGAGUUCCUCAAUGCAUUCAGCAAACCCGUACGGUAUUUGGGUGAACCCGUGCCGACUGCAACAGACCGUAAGCCUAGCAUUGCUGAUACCUUCAUCUCGGCCUCUUCUUCAACGGCUUCAAAGGAGAAGAAGGCCAAAAAAACAUACGCCGAGGUCUUCACAGGCGUGCGCCAGGACUCAGGUGACCCUAAAAGUUUUGUUAAACUCAUUCGCGAGUUCUAUGAUUCCCAAGGAAUCACCGACAAGAAGGUCAUUGUUUUCUCUGACUCCCUCAACAUUGAACGCUGUCUGGAGUACAAGCAGGUAGCAGAGGAAGCGUGCUUUCAACCAACCUUUGGUGUCGGCACAUACCUGACCAAUGAUUUUACCAACACCAAGACUGGCAAGAAGUCGACGCCAUUGAAUAUUGUUAUCAAAAUAAGUUCUGCUGCCGGGCGGCCGGCAGUUAAAAUCAGUGACAAUAUCGGUAAGAACACUGGUGAUAAGGCAACUGUCGAGAAGGUUAAGCGGGAACUGGGUUAUGUCGAGCAAUCAUGGGCGGAAGGUGACGAGACAGCCAGAUGGGGUCGCGAGGAUGACGUUCCCAGCAAGCCUUGA